AAAUAAAUUGGAAUAUGCAUCAACGUGUAUAAAACACAAUAGUUAUACUACGCCGCGUCGUUUAACAUUCGGGGCUUCCGUAUCGCCACUUGGCCAAUCAGGUAUCCGUAUUUCAGCUUUCGGGUGGCGUGACCCCCCCGUACCACGAGGUUCAAUGAUUGGCGUAAAUAAUAAGCGCUAUAAAUAGAAAUAAAAUAACUAGAUAAAAAGUCUCCGUGUCGUUCAACGUUCGUAUUUGGCGCAGUCGGUAGGAUUGUGCCCUAGUCGUCAGGAAAUUCGGUCUACAAAAUUUUCGUACCGUACGGCAAUCGUGCAGAAAAACAAAAACUUCUAGGAGUGUUUCCAACACUAAUAGUACAAUCCAGAAGAACCAGCGACACCUGACACCUCUGUAGGCAGACUCAAGAGAUAACAGGAAGAAGAAGUCACGCAUUUUUUAAACACGCCAUAAAAUGUUUGCUGGGGUGGAAUUUGAUAAUGCAAGAAAAGAGUUUUCUGUGGUUCCAUUAACGUGGAUAACAGAUGACAAAACGGAGUGUUUUUGGCCUAAAACCAUAAGAUCAGAGGAUCAACUCCAAUCCAUGAUUCAAGAAUGCGUUCCACCAAAAGCUUCUUGGAAUAAUUAUGGUAUUAAAAAAAUUCAUUACACAACUGAAUCGUUUGAUGUAGCUAAUUGUAUGUUGAAAAUAAUAUUGGAAGAAAGCAGUUCUGCAAAUGAGGAGGCACAAGUUAUACAGAUAAAGGCCGAAGAAAUUGACAGAAACGUCGAUAUAUUGUACUUAUCAUCAUCAGACUCAGAUACAUCAAUAAAGAUUCCAAAGAAAAAGAAAAUAAAAAAAUCCCCUCCUACGCCUACAGCUUAUAAUAGUGACAGUAGUGAGAUUAAAAUCGCCUCAAGUGAUUCUGAGCAAACAGGUACUGCUUCAGUGGAAUCAAUCAUAUCAGUUGGGCCAAGAAAAAUACCAUCUAAUGUUGAUAAAAAUGAUUUAAACCAGUGGCAACAAAGUAUUUCUCAGGAACUGGAACAUAUCAAAGCAGUUCAGAAGGAACAGUCAACCAUGUUAAGCCAAAUAUGGCAAGCAUUGCAAGUUAAGAAUAUUCAGGCGUUACAGCGUCCAGAUGAUAUCCCUAAUUUGCCUCUUAAUACAUUAAAGGAUUUUGGAUGUUUUGAGGAAUGGCUCAAAACCGAACAAAAUUUUAUUUAUAUGAGAGCUCGUCUUGCUUCAAUUGGUGGAACAACUGUUAGGGCUGCAGUCAUGAACAUGAUGAAGUUUCUGUUCACUAAUAAAUUAGGAAUGGCGUUUAAUUGGACUGGAAGUGCUCCAAAAUCUCCAAACCAUAUAAGAAAAUAUGCGUUUAAAGGUACGCGUACCUACCAGAUAGUUAAUGAGGCAUCAAAAAUUUGUUUCUCUGGGGAAAAGCUCUCCCCAAUUGUCGGCGAAUCCACUGACAAGGCUAUAGGUCAGGCAUGCCAAGACUGGUUAAAACAGUCUAAGCACCGAUAUUUACAUGCCGAAAAUCAUUAGCAACUUUUUAGAUGAAAAACUUGCUUAGAAACGUCCGUUUUUGGGCCCUGGAAUCCAAUAUUAAAUUGGAUUUAUUUCCGAGAGAAACUUAACACCGGUCAACAAAAAAAAAUGCGCGCGGGCUUUACUUAAUAUAUUUUUAAUUUAUAUAAGCAAAUAUAUAUAAAAUGCAGUUACAAAUCGAAAAUGUUUGCUUUUUAAGAAGCAAUUUGAAUAUUUUUAACUUUAAAGAUCUUAAUGACUUAAUAAGAAACUUUAAUCUACCAACAAGUAAAGCAGAGUUAUUAACAUCACGGUUAAAGCAAUGAAAUUUACGUUAUUCUGGUGUUUGAAUAUCUCAUUAAAGAAAACACAUGAAGAAGUUUAUUGUUUCUUAGUAGAAGAUUGACUCUGUUUUUGUCAUGAUGUGAAAGGUUUAGGGGGAGUAUGGGGAAUAUCGACCGCUUAAGAAAAAAUAAUUUCUAUAAAUAUUAUAUUAGGUAUUGGGUCCUAAUUUCUUCAAAAAACUAUUAGUUUUGGGAAUAGGAAAAUAAUGCAUAAGUAGCAAAACAUGUCUUAAAAAAGUUUAAGUUUUAUUGAAAAAAAUAGUGUUACCAUAUCUGGUCGAUAUUAGCCAUAUGCGUUGGGUAAUAUCGACCACCUGGUCGGGUAAUAUCCACCGUGCAAUAUAAAACGAGAAAAACAGUAUAAACGCCUUUGUUUGCUUAUAACGUUUAAUAGGUAUAAAAUAAAGAUAAUUCUGGAAAACAAAUUACCUUAUAAACUAAUUAACUUAAAUAUAAUAUACUCAAAUAAACACUGAAAAAUUACCACUUUAGGGUUGGCAAAAAUGACAUAUGUAUAUAUACCUUUGUGAUUUCCACAAGGACAGGUCACCCACCAUUCCUUAUCUUUUCUAAAUUCCGUACAUAUGAUGCAUGGUUCAGUCGCUUCUUCCAGUUUUUUGUACUUUCUUUGUAUUCUUUUUUUCUUCGUUCUGAUUACCACUGCUUAUUAUUUUUCUUUUUGUUCCUUUAGCUUCUACUUCUUUCUUUCGGUUAUUUUCUACCGAUCUUAAAAAGCGUGGCAUUGGUUGAAUAUCUUCAAAUGAGAUAGUUGUACCAAUGGUCCUGUCUGGUUCAUUAUCGGUGUCCUCAUCGGUAAAAGAGAUUAGUCUUGCUCCCGAAUCGCUGGAAUCACUAUCACUUUUAUUUUGCUGUGGCUUCUUGAACUGACACAAUCCAGAUGACCCUGGUUGAGGUUCGUUCAUAUCAGUAGUUGAUGGGCAUAUGUUUUUUUUUCUUUGUCGAUAUGUUUUGUUUUUUACUUUUUCUUGUGUUUCGUUUCCUUCCUCUUCUUCAAUGACAACAAAUUCUUCUUCAUUUAUUACCUCUCGAUUCAUUAGGAACAUUCCUGUGGUCUCAAAUUCUUUUACACCUUUUUCUAUUGUAGCUGUUUUAUUGCAUGCUUUUUUAAAUAAUUCAGCAAUAUCUGUCUGAUCAAUUUCUUGAUAAUUUCGAGCCUUUAAAAAAUAAUCACAUUCACGAUUAUACGCGGUUUUUAAGGGCCCAAAAAAGCAAACAUCUAAUGGCUGCAACCUGUGUAAUAAGUGAGGAGGUAGGGUUACUAUAUCUAUUCCAUUUUCUCUACAAAAGUUGUAGACGUUUAUUAUGCAAUGGCUGCAAUGGUUGUCGAUAAUAAGUAAGACCCUAUCAUUAAUUGAGCACUUAGUGUGUGUAGCAAAAUGUUGAAGCCAUUCCAAAAAGAGAUCUUCAUUGAUCCACCCAUUCUUAGAAUUUUUGUCAAUUGCAUUUACUGGGCCAUUAUUCGUAAGCUCAUACUUCAUUCUCGCUCUGCCACAUAUAAACAUAGGGGGAAUAUAGUCCCCCGCAGCACUCAUGGCACAAGGCACAGUAACUAGUUUGCCACGCUCCCCACUCGUAAUGGCGCCAACUUGACGUUGUCCUUUGACAGCUAGAAUUUUGGGAGGAAUAUGAACAUGAGUUAUUCCAGUUUCAUCUGCAUUGCAAAUGCGGUCAGCUCUGAAUUUAUGCUUUUCAUACGCUUGAGAGAGAUUUGUAAAAAAUAAAUCAACUUCUUUCUUGUUAAAUCUCUUAACUCGAUGACGUUUCAAGAAACCAUAAUACCAAUCAUUGCCACAUACUCUUUUUUUCCUUAUUGAAGUUAUUAGGUAUAUUAUUAGAUUGUGCAAAUUGAAACGCAAUUUUCUUGACUUGAAACCCAGACAACCCAUAAAACAUUUUAGACAUUUUAAUUAUAUAGUUUGCUAGGUCUUCCUCUUGAACAGGACUUAAUACUGUCUGCCUUCUAAGGCGCUUUUUUACAUUAUCAACUUUUCCCCUAAGACGGUCUUGUAGAGUUCCAUGGGGCACAUUAUAGGUUCUGGCGGCCUUCCUUAUGCCUAAAGUAUUAUUUUGAACGGCGUUAAUGGCUGACGUCAUGUCUUCAAUAUUCCAGGAAGCUCGAUUAGUUUUCCUGUGGUAUUUAAAAGGCAUGUUGAAACAAAUCUAUUAAUAGAAAAAAAACUUUGUUCAUAAUCGGGUAAAACCAACCAACUCGGGUAAAACCGAUCAGUAUCGUCAAUUUUACCCAUGUAACCUCCAUAGACAUUAUAGUCUGAUUACAUUAACCUAACCUACAAAAAAUCAAAAAGAUUUACAUGGAAAAAUUUAUAAAAUCUAUACUUCAAAAGGUGUUCUAAAAUAUAGUAUCAAAAAAAUGCCCUAUUUUACAAUGAUUUUAACAUAUUUACCUAUUUUGUGGGACAAAAAUAAUACAUCAACACGCUGGAAAAACAACUUUAAUUUGUAGAGCUCCGUGAUUCUAAUUGGAUUUUAACACAAAACACUAUUUGAUUUUAGAGGAUUUAUUUUAUAAUUAGAAAAUUAUUAACUAACGAUUAGAAAAGCAUGAUAAACAUAAAACAUGACAUGACAAGUGAUAACUACUGACAAGACAGAUCAAUGAACAUGUCAUGAUUACAUUUUGACAUUAAAGCCGAGUUCACAUAAUGCACAACGGAAAUAACUGCACUUAUGAUAAAUAAUAGAAGAAUUAUAUUUAUCAACACACCCCCUCAAUUCUUAUAACUUAUAUAUUUUAAUCCUAUUUGACAUUUUAAUACAGGAUUGAUUAUCCUCAAAAAUGUUGAAAGCAUUAAUAUGGAGUAAUUCUGACAGAAGGUCAACCAACAAAAAUACAUUCUGCAGUACAGUCCGAUAAUGCUAUGUACUCUGUGUUUUUAAAUUACACUUUUUUGUAUCUCUAUUUUGAAAUAACACAACCAAAUUUCUUUAAAAUUACGGUGUGAUUUAUUCCGGUUGUACUCUCAACACAUACAAAAAACCUAAACUACUUUUUUUCGCUUCGUCGCGUCGGCGUCGUCCUGUCCGUACGCAUGCAAAAAACCCUGGCUUACGUAAUUCGAUGUUGCCGCUGUGACAUAUUUUUAUUGUUAUUUAAACAUUUAAACAUGCUCCCCGCCUUGAAGCCACUAGGGGUUCAAUAAAAAGAAGAAAGAAACAUAAUAACACACUCUAAAGCUAUGACCUUCACACAUUAGGUAUAAACUUAAGACUAAACAACCCGAGAAACAACCUUUAAUUAAAUUUAAUGCCUAAUUUUAACAUCACCUCGAACAAUCACUGUCUUAGGAGUUAGGGAUGUCACUAGAGCAUGGCUCCUCUAAAGCAUCUAUAGCUAGUACACAAAUUUUAGUAAAUGCUCUUUUAAUCACUCCAUGCUCAGUUUUUAUGGUUGCCACUCUGGCCACUCCAUCUUGACCAGGAUGAACUUUCUCGAUACGACCCAUACACCACCGAAGAGGAGAAAUGUUGUUUUCCUUGACAACUACCAACAUGCCUGGUGUGCCACUUUUGCAGAACUUGCAGCUCGGAGACAUAUUCAACUGCCCAACGCGACCUGAAAUGUUGCAUCUGUUGAAUGCGUUGAUAUACGGAAAGUCUAUUUUCAGGUAUAUGUCGCACCUCUGGAUCUGGUAAAGACAUCAUUGGUCGCCCAAUCAAAAAAAGUGAGGGAGUUAGAGCGGAAUAGUCACUAGGGUCAUUGGACAUGGGUGUUAGGGUUCGGGAGUUUAAAAUGGCUUCAAUUUCACACAAAAGAGUAGAAAAAUCUUCAUAUACUAAACACGCAUUCGCCAGUACCCUCUUUAAAUAAACCUUGCAGGAUUUUACACCGGCCUCCGAUAGCCCUCCGAAAUGAGGUGAAAAGGCAGGUAUGAAGUGCCACUCCACACCUUGAUUGGCAAUUAAUUCACUAAUAUUAUCACUGGACUCCUGAAGAAACUUACCAAGUGCCUCUAGUUCACUCUUAGCCCCAACAAAAUUCGUACCAUUAUCUGAGAACAUCUUAUUGGGUUUACCACGCCGCGCCACAAAUCGCCGAAAUGUCGCUAUAAAGGCUUCUUUAGUUAGUUCAGUUACUAUUUCAAGGUGUAUAGCUUUUGUAGUAAAACAGACAAAAACUGCGAUACAUCCCUUUAUUUUAAUACACCCCUUACCCCUUUUAUUUUUAAUAACCACUGGACCCGCAUAGUCUACUCCACAUGAAGAAAAAGGAGGUGCAGGUAUUACCCGAUCAGCAGGUAACAUUCUUCUGACCUAUAGGAGUUCUGCCUCCUAUAGGCCAGUACUUAUCUCUCGCCGAAUAUAAUAGCAACUGGGGACCAGCAUGAUAUAAUCUAAUGUGCUCAUGCUUGAAUAAAAGACCUGUAAGCUCAUGUUUACUAUCAAGCACAAUUGGAUGUUUUUUAUCGAAAUCAAAAUUAGAUUGUUCGAACCGCCCACCUAUUCUAAGGAAUCCUUUGUCAUCUAGAAAUGGAUUUAAUCUUUUUGCUAGUUUGUGCUAGAUAUACUCACACUUCUAUUGUUGGAUAAAUCUAUUAUUUCUUCACUAAAACUUUUCUGUUGUGAGAUUUUAACCAACACCAAAAGAGCUUCUUGAAGCUCAGACACAGACAAAUAAGGACUACUCACAUUAGAAGAUGUUUCAGGUGACUCUUUCUUUUGACAAUUUUUAAUGAAUCUCCGGCAAUAGGCACACACACGCUGUAACUUAGAUAACUAGAAGGUUAAAUUUGGAUUUUGGCCAGUCAUGAUUAGGAUAAGCAAGCCAAUGGGGACCUCUCCACCAUAACUCAAAACUACCAAGGUUUUGUGGGCUAAUGCCUCGAGAUAGUACAUCUGCAGGAUUAUCCUGCGAUGAAAUGUGAUUCCACUGAUCAGGGGAACUCAUUGACUGGAUUUGACAAACCCUAUUACCUACAAGCUACUGCAAGAGAUUUGGUGGCGUUUUAAUCCAGCUCAAACAUACACUAGAGUCGGUCCAUAGAUAACACGCAUCAAAUUUUAAAUUCAUUGACGUUCUUACCUUAUGUACUAAGUUAGCCAAUAAAUAGGCAGCACAAAGCUCUAAUCUGGGUAUUGUUAAUACCUUUAAGGGUGACACCUUCGACUUUGAGCAUAAUAAUCUCUUCACUAUUGCUCACACUACGUAAAUAUAUACAUACUCCAUAAGCUUCCAAGGAAGCGUCAGAAAACCCAUGAAUUUCGAUGCUUACUGGAUUAUAACAUAACACAUGUCGAGGUAUUUUUAAGCCACCAGCCCCAAAGGGUCAAAAAUUUGUGCUAUGUCUGAUAACACAGUUCUCUUUGUUAUUCGAUCCCUAUUAUUAGUAUUAAUACGAAACAUCAAGUAAUCCUCAUCACACAACCAGUACAAACCCAAGGUCUUUGUUUUUUCUGAUUCACCAAACACUAAAAUAGAGGAUAAUGAGUAUUUGUCCCUUAGAUGAUCCAACACUUCCUUGCUAUUAGAUGCCCAUUUUUGUAACUCAAAACCUCCAGAUCUUAACACCUCACUCACUUAAUUACACAGGUUAAUAGCUCCACCAGCAGACUCGGAUCCGGAUAUCCAGUCAUCCAUAUAGAAAUCCUUGUCAAUGACCUUGGAUGCCUUUGGAUAUGUGUCACUCGACUCACUUGCCAACUGUUUUAAGCAUCGGACUGCGAGGUAUGGGGCAGAGGAUGUGCCAUAAGUUACUGUUUGAAGUUUAUACGUUAAAAGAUCAUGAGAUGGAUCUGACCUCCAUACAAUUCUCUGCAAGUCCAACUAGGAUGAAUCAGUAUCUGCCGAUACAUUUUAAUAAUGUCAGCACAUAUAACAUUAUGUUGUCUGAAUCUUAAAAUGAUUUGAAAUAACUCAUCUUGCAGAGUAGGUCCCACUAACUGGAUACUAUUUAAAGACUCACCACCCUCAGAAACAGCAGACCCGUCAAACACUACUCUUAAUUUAGUAGUUGGACUCUUAUCAUUGGUCACACAAUGGUGUGGAAAAUAAAAAGAAGGACUCUUAUUUAACUCCUCUGGAGGGACUUCCACCAUAUGUUCUAGACGCUUGUACUCUUCCAUGAAUGCUACAUACUUUUCACUUAAUAUUGGAUUUUUUGCCAAUUUAUUUUCCAAUGCAAAGAACCUCCUCACAGCCUGGUGUCUCGAAUCACCUAAACAUUCUGGUGAAACCUUUAGGGGAAUAUGGACUAUGAAACGCCCAGACUCAUUUCGACUUGUUGUUUUAGAGAAAAUACCCUCAUACUGUUGCUCCUCACCUGACAACAAUUUUUUCUCAACUUGCACCUCCUCCACCUCCCAGAACUUUUGCAACAUGUCCUUAAUACUAAACUUUCCUGAAAAUAGAUGGUCGUAAUACCUUGUUAAGAUUUCCCUUGUUACACUCACCACCUGUAAUCCACCACCAAUAAUCCAGCCCAGCCUUGUUUUUUGUAGGACAGGCAAACCCUCACCCAGACUGAUUUGACCUAUACACAACAAAUUCAAAUAAACACUUCCACUAAUAAGGAUAUCAAUAUCCCCUGAAUGAUUAAAACUUGGAUCAGCUAAAUUUAUGUGGUUUAGAAUAGGCCAAUUCCCUGUACUAAAGGAAUUUGAUGGGUAUUUGUCACUUAGAAUAGGGAUUACUAAACAUGAAAGUUCAGGUUUAUAAUUGGUUUUAAGCCCUUCUAACUGGACCAUACACCGAUACUUUAAUUGGGUUAUUGUUUUUCCAACACCCGUCAUAGUAGAUGACAACUCUAUUUUAGGUAAACCCAAUCUAUCACUACACUUCUGUGAUAUAAAAUGUCUCUGGCUGCCACUAUCCAAAAGUGCUCAACACACCUGGUAGCCACCAUUUAUGUCUUUCACCUGCACUAGAGCCGUUUGUAACAACACUUGCUCUUUGUCAUAACGCCCUUCACUAGACAUAUUUAUUGUAGUAUUCACUAAGGAAUUUGCUACAUCCUGAGACUCCUGAGGAUUUUGUUCAGAAUGAGGUUCAGCAUUACUUUUUCGAACAAAGUGCAACAAUGUGUGAUGUUUUAAAUUGCAUUUUUGACAUCGAGAUAACGUACAGUUAGUGUAAGCAUGACCCAUUUUAAGACAAUUAAAACAUAAAUGUAAUUGUUUUACUUUAUCUACCCUCUCAUUGGUAGAUAAUUUUAAAAAAUUACCACAUUUAGGUAAAACAUGAGCACCGGCAUACAUAGAACACGAGUUACUAGAAAAAGGGACAUUUUGGGCAUUAAACACUCUUUUGUGAUUAUAAUUUCUAUCUACACUUACUUUCUCCACCUUAUCUUUACACAACUCUAAAUUCUCUAAAAAAUCAGCCCUUGCUCUUAAGGAAUCCAUAAACUCUGGAAAAGUUCAUCACUAGUUUUGGCCUUUUUCUCUUCCCACUCUCGAAAUAUUGUCUUAUCUAGUUUCCCCCCCAAAAUAUAAAUAAGAAGGGUAUCCCAAGACUCACAUGGUUGAUUUAAACCCUUUAGACAUGUAAUAUGUUUAGACACACUAUCCACCAUAGUUCUUAAAUUACUAGAACUUUCAUUUGUCAAACUAGGCAGCUUAAAUAACUCUUUUACAUGAUUUUGAACUAAAAUACACCGAUUUUCGUACCGCUUGCACAAAUUUUCCCAUGCUAGGGUGAAGUUAUCUCCACAAAGCUCAAUACUCCUAAUUACCUACGCAGCACCCCCCCCCCCCCCAGAAAUGCCCUCAGAUAAUGGAACUUUUGAAUAUUUGAAAUUCCACUGUUAGAAUUAAUUAUUGAGUCAAACAAAUCCCGAAACUCUAACCAAUUUUUGUAGUCACCAGAAAAUGUUUGUAAAUUUAUUGCAGGUAAUUCAACACCUUGAACACCCUGUAUACCCUGAUUAUGUUGAGGCCUUUGCUGAGAGUCAGCAUGAGAACUAGAAGUAUUUGACUGAGCCUUAUGUGUUUCAAAAAACGCAUAAUAUUCAGUUACUAGCUUUUUUGCCUGCGAAUUUAAUUUAAAGUACACAUUUUCAAACUCUUCGCGAUCAUCUUGCUGUUUUUUCUCAUCUGACUCAUCUACUGACACUUCAAUCUGACUCUGCACCUCAUAAUCACUCAAUACCGACGAAUAUCUCUCUAAUCUACUUUCAAGCUCAAUAAUAAUUUCCUUUUCUACAUUAUUAAGUUCAACACCUUAAUACUCCCUGCAACCCUUCAAGGUAUUUUUUAAAAAGAGUUUGACGUGUCUUAAUUGCCCCUCUCUGUUUAAUAAGUUGCUGUAAUUCCUCUGACAUUAUUUUAAAUUACAAACAACACGAAAAGUAAAGGAAACCACUUUUUUACUCGGUAAAAAGGAAAAACAAAUUGGAAAGGACUCACAUUUAUCUCUUGUAGUAGUUACACAGUACACGUCCCAUCAUACUAUAUUGUAGUCAGAUAUCAGCACACUCCAGACUCCAGUCCACCAAACCAGUACAGCUAAUUAUCGCUUUACAACACCAAACCAAAACAGGUAACAGGUACACUUUUUAGCGGCGGCUUUAGCCUUGUUGCGGCUUUGCUUUUAUUAUACACGCCACUGUUCCAUGACUUGUCUGAACUCGAAAAAAUAACACCGGCUUUUUACUCGAGAUUUUACGGUUUUUCACUUUUUUACCAGCGUCGUUAUCACAAAUCGACAGGCCACUUUAUUCACUAUUCGACACGAAGGACCAUGUUUUUAAAUUACACUUUUUUGUAUCUCUAUUUUGAAAUAAAACAACCAAAUUUCUUAAAAAUUACGGUGUGAUUUAUUCCAGUUGUACUCUCAACACAUACAGAAAACCAUAGAUAAACAGUUUAUAGGGGUUAAGCAGAAAACCUAAACUACUUUUUUUCGCUUCGUCGCGUCGGCGUCGUACCUGUCCGUACGCAUGCAAAAAACCCUGGCUUACGUAAUUCGAUGUUGCCGCUGUGACAUAUUUUUAUUGCUAUUUAAACAUUUAAACACUCUGCUUCUGAACUACUUAGAGAAACAGUUGCUUGCUUCUUGGACUUCCAAAACACAAAAUUAUUAAAAAUUUGAAUUCCAUAUCCAGUAAUGCUUUUUCUGUCAUUUAAUUCAUUUGCAUAAUCAGCAUCAACAUAAGCAUUUAUGAUUUGAUCUGAUAGUAUCUUAGAACAUUUUUUAAAUAUUUCCAAUGUUCAUUAUUAACAGUUUUGAUAACGACUAAAGCAAUAAAUAGCAUAACUAAGAUCCGGUCUUGUACCUAACAUAACAUACAUUAAGAAUCCAAUUAACUUCCUAUAUGAUAAAAUUUCAUUUUUAUUAAUAUAAAAACUUAAAUUUAACUUUGUUUGAAUUGGAAUAUUCGCUGUUUUACAGUUCUGCAUAUUAAAUUUUGAUAAAACUUUCUGAAUUAAAUCUGUUUGUCUUAAGAAUAUCAUACCAUCAAAUUUCUCAAUUUUUAAACCUAAAAAUUUUAAAACAAAAUCUUGUUGACAAUUUGGUGAGAGAUCGUGCAUUUCAAAUACUGACAUAAUUUUCUUUUUAAAAAUACAUAAUUUUUCUUGACUUUCACAAAAUAGUAUUAUAUCAUCAACAUGUAGGAUAAGAUAGAUAUCCUCAUCAAAAUACAAACAGGGAUCACACUUAGAUCUUUUAAAAUUCAGUUCAAUUAAAUGCAUAUGAAGUUUUUCAUACCAACGCUUAGGUGCUUCUCUCAGCCCAUACAAAGAUUUUUUAAAAACAUACUCACUUGAAGCAUAGUAUGUUUUCACUCCUUCGGGUAUCUCCAUGUACACUGGUUCUGGCAAUUCCCCAUUUAAAAAUGCACAUUUGAAGUCCGGUUGGUUAAUGUACAUGUCUUUUUGCACACUUAGGGAAAGUCUAGAUAGUCUGGUCUUAGUCAAAGAUCUUCUCAGGGGGAAACUUGAUUCACUUUUGGUGGAAAAUCUACUUUUGCUUCUUUCUACUGUGUUAGAUCAACAUUUUUUCCAAUUUAACAACCGUUUUUUCAAACAAAAAGAAGGACUAGCAAUGGGCUCUUGUUUAUCGCCAUUUCUUAGUGAAGUAUUUCUUAGCAACUUAGAAACAAAAAUAAUGAGCAGUAAUUUUAAAAAUAACAUCUUUUAUAAACGGUAUGUGGACGAUAUAUGUUUCAUUUGGAAUGGAAAUGAGGUAGAGCUUACAAAUUUCCAUAAUUAUGUCAACUCUCUUCACUCUAAAAUUAAGUUCACAAUCGAACGGGAACAUAACAACACCUUACCAUUCUUAGAUUUCUUACUUAAGAGGGAAAGAAAUAAGAUAUCCUUUGAAAUAUUUCGUAAACAAGCAACAACAGAUAAUAUUAUACAAUAUAGUUCAACAUCACCGUCCUCACAUAAAUUUGCUGCUUUCCAUUCUUUAUUUUACAGACUUUUUAACAUCCCACUUUCUCGUGAAGCUUUUAAAAAAGAAUUCCUUACCAUUAAACAACUAGCAGUCAGUCAGUCUCUUUUUCCCUCUUAAACCUAUAUAUAAAAUGUAUUUUCAGUAUGUGAACAAGUAUAAAUUACCAUUUAAUUUUAUCAGACAACAAACAAACUAUAUCAAAACUUUUAGGUCGUUUCCUUAUUUUGGACCAAUUUCGUCACAACUAUCCCGCUUUUUUCUCCAUUUGGCAUAACCCCAGCUUUUAAAACCAAUAAUACCUUAAAAAGACAUCUAAUUAAAACUAAAGAUAAACUACCCUCGCUAUCUUCUCCAGGAGUUUAUGAGAUUAAGUGUAAAGAGUGCCCUGCAGUGUACGUCGGCCAGUCUGGUAGGAAGAUUUCUACUAGGAUUAGUAAACACAAGGCCCAAUACAAUAAAUUUAAAAAUACUGAAAUCACAGUGACCAGAUCAGCUUUUGCUAAUCACCUUCUCGACUCCAAACAUGAUUUUCCUGACAGCCAAAAUAUAAAAAUACUGCAUCAAUGCAACAAAAGUAAAAAACUAGACUUGUUGGAGACAAUGGAGAUUAGUAAAGCUUUUAAAAGCCCAGAUCUGUCCUGUGUUAAUGAAAGGUUUGAUUUUGAUGGUCACCUAGUUUUUAAUAACCUCAAGUAGUUCUAGACUCUUAAAUGAUGGUUAGAUUUCUAAAAUGUAUAAAGUGAUUUGAUUGUUUAGUUGAGUUCUUUGUACAUAGAUAGUGCCACUUUAUUGUAAUCUUUGUUUACUUAAAUAUUAGGUGUUUUGUGUAUGUUAUGGUAAGUUUUUGUUGAAUUCUCCUUUUUUCGGGUUACAUAAUUUUAAUUAUUGUUUAGGUCUGAUGAUGCUCUAGUCCAGCGAAACAUGUAACCUUCGUUAUUUUAUUAAAUGUAUUUGUGAUGCUGUAGAUUUCGUGUUUUUUACCUUUUAUAAAAGUGUAUGACCAGCAUCUUUGGGAUAAUGGAUGAAUUUUUCGAGUUAGGGAAAGAAGUACACGAAUAGAUGUCAUCCUGGCUACAGGAGAGUACACAUCAAAGUUCAACUGUCCCUGUUGGUAUCCUCUCGCAACCAGUCUAGCCUUUUUCACAACUGUCCCAUCACUUAAGUCCUUUUCCCUAAAAAUCCACUUUGCAUCAAUGACUUUCACAUUGCUUGGUCUUUUAAUUAGUUCCCAAGUGUUAUUUUUGUUAAUUGCACUCAAUUCACAUUCUAUGGCCUCCUUCCAUCCUUGUGACAUGGCAUCCUCGAAAGUUUGUGGAGAGUUCAAACUUAAAAAUAAUGCUGCCAUCAUCCCUUUAUCCUCUUCGUCAAGUUGAUAGUCCUUAAGACGGGUUGAAAUUUGUUUGGUUCGCUUUGGUCUUCCAUCAUGGCUUUCAUCUUCUUGGUUAUUUUCUUUCAUUUCAGUUGCUUCAUUUGAACUGUUUUCCGAGUCACUAUCAUAAUACUUAACUGUAACUCUUUCUUCUUGGUUCGAAACUCCAAACAUUCUUGUUUCAUCGACGACAACAUUUCUUGCAACAACAACUUUUUCUUCUUCUGGAUUCCAGAGACGAUAUCCCUUAUUUGUAUAUCCCACAAGAUACAUUUUCUGACUUCUUUUGUCAAACUUGUUGCAACGAUUUUCAGAGGGAACAUGAACAUGUACUAAACAUCCAAAUACUUUGAUUUUAGACAGAUCAGGCUUCUUUCCAAACCAAAUUUCUGCUGGCAACUUAUUAUCUGCUAGUGUAGAAGUUGGUGUUCUAUUAUGCAGGAAUGCUGCUAUGGAUAUAGCUUCGUCCCAAAAUAUUUUAUCCAUAUUAGCCUGAAAAACAAGACAUCUUGCCUUAUCUAAUACAGUUCUGUUAUACCUUUUUGCUACACCAUUUUGUUCUGGUGUUCUUGGCACCGUAUACUAAAUUUUAAUGCCUUUUUGCUUGCAAAAGUUUUUCAUUUCAUGUGAAACAUAUUCUCCUCCGUUGUCACAUCUGAGGCGUUCAGGUAAUUUCUUGAAUUGAUUUUCGACCAUCGAAAUAUACUCCCUAAAUUUCAAGAAUGUUUCGCUUUUAUUUUGCAUAAAAUAUUAUUAUGAAAAUGUAAAUACGUUAAUUAUUCUGCUAGUUUUUGUACAAUUUUAUUAGUAUUGUGUAGUUAAAGUUGAUUCGUAGGGUUUCUUUAGGGUUCUACUUAUGUUUGGUUUAUUAUUUUCAUCUAUAGUGUUUAGUUUUUAGGUAGUUCAUCUUGUUUGAGAGCCCCAUUUUGGCCCCAAUUUAGGUUAUUUAGGUUAUAUUAUUGCAAAUCCCUGUAGUUCUAAUUUUCUAGAAUUUGUAUACUUGCUUGCUUUGACUGUCAGUAUUCUCCUAAAAUUAUUGGUCUCUUUGGGCAAAAACAAUGAAGAUAAUUCUAAAUAUUUCGAAACUGUUCCAUCGGGUUUUAAAAAGGACGCGCUUCGUGACAAAUCAUUCAGUUUUAAUUGUUUAGUCAGUUUUUACCUUGGAAACAAUUAAACGACAGUCAAAGCGAGUUAGGUUAGUGUUUUUGACGUUGACAAUAAAAGUGUGUUCCCGAAUUUCGUUACAAUUGGUGUCAGAAGUAAAGGAUAUUUGGAAGCUCAUUUUAGUGGAUGCCUUUAACAAGAAGUCAGGCCAAUAUGGAGACCGAGAAAUUGAUGGAGCUGCUAUUAAGGAAGUUUGACGAGCAAAAAGUAGAACAAGAAGAACGAGACCGUAAACAGAAGGAAGAACAAGAACAACGAGACCGUAAACAGAAGGAAGAACAAGAAGAACGAGACCGCAAACAAGAAGAACGAGACCGUAAACAGAAGGAAGAACAAGAAGAACGAGACCGCAAACAAGAAGAGCGAGACAAGAAACAGGAAGAUUUACUAAAGACAAUUAAAUCUGACCUGAAGAAGGAAAAUGAAGACCUGAUAAGGACCAUGAAAGAUGACCUAAAGAAAGAAAAUGAAGACCUGAUUCGAACCAUGAAAGAUGACUUACUUAAUUUAAAAAAUAAUCUUAAAAAGGAGCAGGAGGAACGAGACAGAAAACAAGAGGAACGAGUUUUACAACUUAAAGAAGAUCUGGAGAAGAAUCAGAAACAAUUAAUGACUAACUUUGAAGCAACAGUAGAAGAAGAAUUGGAGCAAGUACAAAAAAAGAUCCAAGAACUAGAGAUGAAAGUAAAACGGACUCCUCUUCAUCCCGAUCCUGGAAUGCAAACAAUGAUGAAAGUAAAGCCACCAAAAUUCGACGGCAAAGAAGCUUGGAGUACCUAUUUGAAUCAAUUUGAGGCCGCUGCUAGGGGAAAUCGCUGGGAUAACGAAGAAAAGGCAAUCAAUCUUAAGCUAAGCCUUAGAGGAGAAGCUACAGAAAUAUUAAGAAUGGUGCCAUCUGAGGAUCAGCUCAAUUUCGACGUACUGGUGCGUACCUUAGAGAUGAGAUACGGUGAAGCCCAUCUACAACAAGUGUACCAGGCUCAAUUGAAAUCUAGAAGACAACAACCCGAGGAAGGACUCCAACAGUUUGAGGCCGAUGUUGCUCGAUUAGUAAAUCUGGCUUACCCUUCAGCCCCAACAGAGUUCCGAGAACAAAUUUCUAUAAAUUGUUUUAUUGACGGAGUUCGAGAUCCAGAUACUAACCACGCUCUAAGGAUGGCUCAUCAUAAAAGUAUAUCAGAAGCUUUGGCCCAUGGACUAGAGUAUGAGGCAGCUUUUCAAGCAACUAGAAGGCAGACACGAAUAAGACAAAUCAGAACUUCGGAAAGUGAUCUCGAAGACCGCCUAAAGAAGCUUGAAUCAUUAUUAGCGAGGAAACCUAAAAGACCAUUGCAAUGCUGGAAUUGCAAUGAGGAGGGGCACCUUAAACGUCAAUGCCCCAAGCCUUUAAGAGAUCCAAGGAACCAGGAAAACUUCAACUUCAAGCUGGCUGGGUGCUACCAAGCCCCACGUAUAAAACUAAACCGGCUGCCACAUCCUGGAGAGAGCUUGGUAGUACCGGGAAAAAUAUGCGGCCGUGAAUGUGAGAUGGUAGUGGAUACAGGAUCAAGUCAUACUAUCGUGAAGCCGAACAUCGUAGCACACUGUAGGCUCUCAGCACCACCCAAUUUAAUUCUGGAGUCUGCAAAUGGAAAAAGGAUCCCGAUUCUUGGAUUGCACAAAGCUACAGUCACCAUUGGCUUAACAACAUUCCAACAGCCAGUACUAGUGGCAGAAAUCAUGGAUGAUGUCAUAUUAGGAUUAGAUGUUAUGAAUGCUCAGCAGUUUAAAAUGGAUGUAUAUAACCGGAUAUUGACGACGAGAAAUGAAGAGAUUUUUAUGCACCACCUAUAUGAAGAUAAAGUAAAUACCAGAGUCGUUAAGUUAUUCAAGGAUGUUACUAUACCAGGAAAUUCAGAGGUGGUGGUUUAUGCUACAACUGGAGGAAAAGAGGGAGAAACUGUUUUGAUUGAGCCCAUGGAAAAAUGCAAACUAUAUGGUCAAGGAAUUUUUCCAGCCAAGACGUUAACUACACAGAAGAAAUCUACUAUUUUGGUUCGAAUGGUAAAUUUAAAAGGAUAUGAUCAACACCUGAAAUAAGGAGAGAACAUUGGCGUAUGCUCUAAAGUAGUGGCAGUCAUGAAAAAUGCUGAUAGAAGUCGUUAUUUAAACAGACCUUUUCCUGUAUGUUUACAAAACCUAUUUGAAGAAUCUUCUGCCAAUUUAACCAUGGACCAGUGUAGUAAAUUGCGACGUCUUCUUGAAGAAAAUCAAGAUGUGUUUUCCUUGCACGAUAAAGACUUGGGAAGAACUGAUUUGGUGCAGCAUCGAAUUAACACUGGAGACAAUACUCCGAUUAAACAAGCACCUCGAAGAAUUCCGAUAGCUAAACAAGGAGAAGUUUCCUCAAUGCUUCAAGAAAUGAGGACACAAGGAGUGAUAGAGCCUUCUCAGAGUCCUUGGACAUCUCCAGUUGUGCUAGUGAAGAAAAAGGAUGGAUCCACUAGAUUUUGUGUAGACUAUCGGCGACUGAAUGAUAUUACCAAGAAAGACAGUUAUCCCCUACCAAGAAUUGACGACACCCUGGACACGCUAUCAGGUUCACAAUGGUUCUCAACACUCGAUCUAAAGAGUGGAUACUGGCAGGUAAAGAUGCACCCAGAAGAUAAGGAAAAGACCGCAUUCUCGACUGGAACAGGACUUUGGCAGUUUACAGUAAUGCCCUUUGGACUCUGCAAUGCUCCAGCUACCUUUGAGAGACUUAUGGACACAGUUUUACGUGGAAUGACUUGGGAAUCAUGUUUAGUUUAUCUGGAUGACGUUAUCAUACUGGGGAAAACAUUUGAAGAUCAUUUGAAGAAUAUUCAAAAGGUAUUUGUUAAACUGCGAGAGGCCAACCUGAAUCUAAGUCCUAAAAAAUGUUGCUUAUUUCAAAAAGAAGUUCGAUACCUUGGCCAUGUAAUAUCAGAAAAAGGUGUCAAGACUGAUCCAGAUAAAGUAGAGGCGAUCGAAAAAUGGCCACGACCCACUGACAAACACCAGUUAAGAAGCUUUCUGGCCCUUUGUACCUAUUACAGAAGAUUUGUAAGAAAUUUCGCUAAUCUUGCAAAGCCUCUACAUAAGCUCACGGAGGACAAAGUGGUAUUUAGUUGGUCAACAGACUGUGAAGAAGCAUUUCAACAGUUAAAGAGAGCACUAUGCACAUCUCCAAUUUUAACAUAUCCGAUUCCUGGACAAACUUUUAUUUUGGAUACCGAUGCGAGUAAUGUUGGAAUUGGGGCCGUUCUAUCACAAAAAUAUGAAGAUGGUGAGCAAGUAAUAGCUGAUUUCAGUAAAACAUUAUCAAAACCAGAAAGAAACUAUUGUGUCACUAGACGAGAGCUAUUGUCAGCAGUAAAAGCUAUUGAACAUUUCCUUAAAUAUUUGUAUGGUCAACGAUUUAUCCUUAGAACCGACCAUGCUUCGUUGAAAUGGCUGUUUCCGUUUUAAAACCCCGAAGGACAAAUAGCAAGGUGGCUUCAACGAUUACAAGAGUAUGACUUUACAAUAGAACAUAGGAAAGGCGCAUAUCACCAAAAUGCCGAUGCUUUAUCGAGAAGACCCUGUAUUGAAACAUGUCAACAUUAUUUUAAAAAGGAAUCAAAACAGCAUCCAGAGAUAUUUACUUGUAAUCGUAUUGGCCUUCACAGUUCUAAAGAGUGGGAUGUAGCUAGUUUAAUCCAAGAUCAGUGUGAUGACCCAGUAUUUGGUCUUAUUUACGAACUGAAAUCUCGAGAAAUUUCAAAACCAGAAUGGAAAGACAUUUCUGACAAAUCUCCAGAACUUAAAGCUUAUUGGUCUCAAUGGAAUUCAUUGGUUAUAAAAGAUGGAUUAUUAAAAAGAGUCUGGGAGAGCGUAGAUGGAAAAGAAAAGACAUAUCUGACAGUCCUUCCUCGAAAACGUAUUCCGGAAGUCCUUGAAGCUGUUCAUGGCGGUGUCGGCGGAGGACAUUUUGGAGUUAGUAAAACCUUGGCAAAAGUGAGAGAACGGUUUUACUGGCUGAACAGUCAUCAAGAUGUUGAACGCUGGUGCCGACAGUGUGAGCAGUGUUCGUCAAGCAAGGGCCCAAAAACCCGGACAAGAGGAAAGAUGAUGCAGUAUCUUGUUGGUGCACCUUUUGAACGAAUUGCCAUAGACGUAGCAGGACCCUUUCCUACUAGUAGCUCCGGAAACCGAUAUGCUCUUGUUGCUAUGGAUUACUUUAGUAAGUGGCCCGAGGUUUAUCCGAUUCCAAACCAAGAAGCAACGACAGUAGCUGAAGUGCUGUUCCAGAACUGGAUUUGUCGAUUUGGUGUACCCAGAGAGAUACAUUCAGACCAAGGAAGGAACUUUGAGUCACAAAUAUUCCAACAAGUAUGCCAGUUGCUGGGAAUCAAUAAGACCCGUACAACCCCACUACACCCUCAGUCUGAUGGAAUGGUUGAAAGAUUUAACCGCACAUUUGAAACCUAUUUAAGGAUGGUAGUAAACUCUAAGCAAACCGACUGGGAUACCUGUAUACAACCAUUCCUAUUGGCAUAUCGUUCUUCUAUCCACAAGUCAACUGGAAAAAGCCCGGCAAAAGUUGUCUACGGUGAUGAACUUCGUUUACCUUUGGACAUUAUUACUGGAAGACCCCAUAAGUCUGAAACCCUGGAGGAGUACGUCGACCAUUUACAAGAGCGUUUACAAAUUGUUCACGAACAAGCACGGGAUAAACUUCAUCUAGAAAGUAACAGGAUGAAAUCACGUUAUGACAUAAAGGCAAAUUCUACCGGUUUUAAUCCUGGGGAUAAAGUCUGGUUAUACAAUCCACGGAGGACGAAGGGCAAGUCACCAAAGCUCCAGAAGGAUUGGGAAGGUCCAUUCAAUGUGGUCACCAGAAUCAACGACGUGGUGUACCGUAUCCAGCGACAUCCGACAGCGAAGAUGAAAAUUGUAAACAUCGUCCGGCUAGCGCCCUAUCAUGACUCAGGUGGUCCCAUGUUUGAUCGGGACGAUCAAACUUGAGAGGGGAGCAGUAUUAUGAAAAUGUAAAUACGUUAAUUAUUCUGCUAGUUUUUGUACAAUUUUAUUAGUAUUGUGUAGUUAAAGUUGAUUCGUAGGGUUUCUUUAGGGUUCUACUUACGUUUGGUUUAUUAUUUUCAUCUAUAGUGUUUAGUUUUUAGGUAGUUCAUCUUGUUUGAGAGCCCCAUUUUGGCCCCAAUUUAGGUUAUUUAGGUUAUAUUAUUGCAAAUCCCUGUAGUUCUAAUUUUCUAGAAUUUGUAUACUUGCUUGCUUUGACUGUCAGUAUUCUCCUAAAAUUAUUGGUCUCUUUGGGCAAAAACAAUGAAGAUAAUUCUAAAUAUUUCGAAACUGUUCCAUCGGGUUUUAAAAAGGACGCGCUUCGUGACAAAUCAUUCAGUUUUAAUUGUUUAGUCAGUUUUUACCUUGGAAACAAUUAAACGACAGUCAAAGCGAGUUAGGUUAGUGUUUUUGACGUUGACAAUAAAAGUGUGUUCCCGAAUUUCGUUAAAUAAACAAUAAACAAUAUAAAACUGCAAAAUGAGAAUAAUGAUCAGUGAAGGAAAUAAAAUAUUUCAUACCGUUAUGUGAAGGUGGAUUCAGAGGACCGCAAACAUCACUUGACACACAUUCCAAAAUAUUCUGGGCGUUUCUCUCCUUCUGUAAAUUCUUAAAUGGCUUCCUGGUUUGCUUGCCUUCCAUGCAAACAUCACAAAUUCCAUUUGAUAAGAAUUUCGAAGAAUGCCCCAUCCUUUUGUGCCAUAAGUCUUUGUUAUUGUGAACUGAGGUGAAAUUUGCUAAAUUAUUAAAUUCCUGAUUAAUAAUUAGAUUUAAUAUGUACAAGUUUUCCUCCAAGAAACCUUUUAAUAAUAACAUCCUCAUUUUUGCUAAUAGACACCUCCCUAUUUUGGAAUACUAUUUUUAAACCUUUUGAUUCCAUCUUUUUUACAGAUAACAAAUUAUGAGCCAAAUUUUCACAAACAAAAACAUCUUCAAGUUUUAUUUUCUUCCCAUUCUCUGAAAUUAGGUGUAAUGUGCCUUCCCAAUUUGCCUUAACACAUUCCCCAGCUUUUGCAACUUUAAUUGUAUAAUUUACUCGCUUUUUAUUUUCUAAAAAUUGCCCUAAUGAUUCUACAAUCAUAUGGUUUGUACAGCCUGAAUCAACUACAAAUUUAUAAGGAUUUUGGCUACCCAAUUUGGCUGCUUUUUCAUUAGGAAAAUAAGUAACAAAGCUUACCUCAGGUUAACUGUCCUCUUCAGCAAUGUUUACCUUUUGAUUUUCCGUCUUGUUUUUAAAACAAUCUGCUUUCUUAUUAUAUAGUCCAACUUUUCCACAUAGAUAGCACUGGAAACGAAACUUCUUCUUAAAAGGUUUCUUCUGCUUAUUGCCAUAAAAAGCUGAAGGGCUGCUUUCGGUUGAUGAAGGAAGAUGUCCCUUGUGUCGUUCUUCCUAUGCCAUCAAUUUACUUUUCACAAAAUCGAGUGUUACAUGAGAACUUUGUUGUGAAAAUAAAAUGUCAAUUGCAGUCACAACACUCUGGUAUUUAUGCUCUGAGAUGGAUGCUAAAAGUUGACUUAUAAUUUCUGUGUUAUCAAUUUUACCUCCAGCAUUCUUCAGAUCGGUUACUGUUCUUUCAAAUUCCACAAUAUAAUUGUUAAUGGAUUCGCCUGCCUGGUACUUCAUGUUCCUCAGCUUUCUCUGAAGCUGUACUUGUGAGGCUACGCCACUCUCUGCGUAUGUCCCACUCAAAGUGUCCAUAAUAUCCUUGGCCGUUGACUUAUUGCGAAUCAUUUCUAUAAUAUUGUCACUUAUACACUGUACAAGGAUAUUUCUGGCUUUCAGGUCACUCUUCUUCCAUGCCUGUAACGCAGUAUCCUCUGUCGGAGGCACCUGAGAACUUCCAGGACUUCAUUCUGUUCAAGGAGAAGUUUGACUGGGAAUUCACAGUUCCCAAAACCAUUACCAUCGAAGGGUUUCAGACUCACAGUCAUCGUAUUUCCUGACAUAUUUCCCGCUUUUCCAAAACAAAUUUCCACCGGUACUUAGACAUGACUAACCUUUAAAUCUUUCCUGUGUUUCCCAAAAAUAUCCAAUUCAGCACUGCUCUGGGCCCACGGACCUGUAGAGCUCCGUGAUUCUUAUUGGAUUUUAAUUCAAAACACUAUUUGAUUUUAGAGGAUUUAUUUUAUAAUUGGAAAAUUGUUAACUAUACUCUAUUUCCUUUUUGGUGAGAACACAGUGCCUCAUUAUUUAUGCAGAUGUAGCAUAAAUAUAGGGUAAGUCUUCCAUUUUUCUACAUGUAACAAAAAGAUAAACCAGGCUGUUUUUCCCAAUUUUAAGUGGACAAGUCCUGUAUGGUCUCAAAUACAAUAGGUCGUAAAAUUCGGAACAAUGGUUCAUUUUUAUGACAAACGGGUUGCCAGUGUCGUCCCGACUAUGGAUAUUGAUUUUAAUUUUUAAGUUAAAUAAUUAUCUGUUAUGAAAAAUUUAUAAAUAAUGUUGGAAGAAGAUUUUUAGAAAAAGUAUGGUUGGUAGGUAUAACCUAUAUUUAUUAAAUUAACAAGAAAAAUUUCUUAAAAGCGGAAAAGCCUCAAUAUAAAACUAUGGCAAAUAAAAUAAAAUAUAAAAUUUUCAUUAAUACCGCAAUUUGAUUGUUUUUUAAAUGUUUAAAAAAUUGUUGUAAAAUUUAAUUUUUUUAAUACCAACCAAUAAAAAAUGCAACUCUCCAAACAUAUCUUGUUAUUUAUAAGAAAGGUACAUAAAUAUAAGGAUCUUUUAAUUUAUUAACCAUAUUUACAUAUAUUACAAUAAAAAUAUUUACGAAAUAUACAAAAAAAAAUCAAUUUAUAAAUCACACAUUUCAUUACUCUCAUCGCUUUCAUCCGAAUCAGACAUUCUCACUGUUAUAACUAAGGGUUCGACAGUUUCUUCUAUAAUAAUAAUAAUUAUAGGAGAUUAUGGAGGCUCCACAUCUUUUCUUCUUCUUUUAUAGCAUGAUUCACAGCAUUGCUCCAGUUUUCUUAGGUAACGAUACCCACUGCUGCUUUCAGAAGUUCUCUCACAUCUUAUAAUUGAAAGGUUUUAUUAUUUCUAGCCACAAAUCCUUUUACUUAAGCCCAAAUUAACUCUAUAGGAUUUAAUUCACAAUGGUAAGGUGGCAAACGAAGUACAGUUAUAUUGUGUUGUUUUGCCAUUUCGUCAACAACGUGUCUUUUAUAUUUUGAUUUAUUUUCUGUAACUAUUGUCAGAAGCUCUGCUUUUACCGCGUCAUCUCCAAAAGGUAUUUCUUUUUCGGUAAGCCAGUUUUUUAUUUCCCCUUUUCGCCAGCAGGAUGAUGGUAAUUUUUCUAUUAAUCUUGAAUGGUAGCUGGCAUUGUCCAUAACAAUAAUUGAAUUUUCGGGAAUUGACUUGAUCAUUUCGGAAAAAUAAUCUUCAAAAACAUCAGCGUUCAUUUCUUCGUGGUAAUCCUUAGUUGACUUCGAUUCGAAUUCAAACAGACCGCCAUUUAAAAAUCCUUUAUAGCUCCCAAUAUGUGUAAUUAUUAAUCUGUGGCCCUUACCAGAAGGAGACUUCAAGCCAGUUGAUAAACCUUCUAAAAAAGCCUGACGGGAGCUUCCAACAUUUUUAUCCUGCCAGCACUUGCUUACGGUGUGUCCUUCGUUAAGCCAGGUUUCAUCCAAAUAAUAAAUGUUUCUUCCUUCCUUUCGAUACUCCUUAAUUUGCCUUAAAUACUUUCUUCUCCAACAGACUAUUAUUUCUGAUAUUUCUUCUUUAUCUAUUAAAAUAGAUUUUCUAUUUUGCUUUUGCCAAGAAAAAUGUAAUUCUUGUAAAAUUUUCCAUAAUUUUUUUCUUCCCAUUUCUGGUACAUUUUCGUCUUCUUUUGUAAGUGUCAAAAUUUUAUCGAUAGUUGGGAUUUCAUUCUUAAAAUAAAAUGAAUGUACUGUCCUCCUGAUGAUAUGCUUUGCUGUCUCAUCAACUGCUAUCGGCUUCCUACCGGCAGUUUUCUUUACACUCUUCUUAGGCAAGUUCUCACGGUUUUCACUUUUUCUGUCACUAAGAAGUCUGUAAAUUGUUGCUUUACUUAUGCCUGUCAUAUUGGCACAUGUAGAAACUAGAUUUCUAACAGUACUUAGAGGCAUUUGAUGUACAAGUGCAUCAUGUACGUUUAGUACUAUAGUCCUUGCUUUAAAAUCUAAAACACCUUUACACACUACGGGGCUAAACUUUGACAUUCUUACAACAAAUGCGUAACAAUACUGAAAAAUAAAUAAAGUUUUUAGGAUAUAUCUACAUUAUAUACCAUAAAAUAUAACUACCUGUUUGCAUUUAAGAUUGCACAAUUUAGGUACCUAUAAUACUUAUACCUCCAUAUUUAUUUACCUAGACAAUAUCUACUUAUAAGGGUUAAAAAGAACUUGUUCAUUAGGUACUUAAGUAAUUCAAAGAAUUUAUGGCUAAAAUUGGCCUAUUUCUUGCACUAUUAAAUAAACCCAACAAAUUAAAACAUUCAGGUCUUAAUGUACUUGAAAAGCGGGACGCCAAUGGUUUACGACCGUUUUAUGGCUAUCGACCCUUUCGCGUGCUCCUACGGAUUAAGAAAUGGACUAUAACGAUUAGAAAAGCAUGAUAAACAUAAAACAUGACAUGACAAGUGAUAACUACUGACAAGACAGAUCAAUGAUACAUGACACGAUUACAUUUUGACAUUAAAGCCGAGUUCACAUAAUGCACAACGGAAAUAACUGCACUUAUGAUUUAUGAUAAAUAAUAGAAGAAUUGUAUUUAUCAACAUAAUUUACCACAUACCCUAAACAUUAGAUAAAGUGGUGGCCACAAUACUGGCUUCUAGAUUACGCAAGCGGUCAUAGGUGUCGCUGUAGUAAAAUUGUUUUGAAGUUUUUUUUAAAUCAAAAAUGGCCUGGUCGGUAUUGCCCGUCUGGUCGGUUUUUCCCAUAUUACCCAUAUUUUUGUUACAUUCUCAUUUAUAUAAAUUUAAAGAUAAUAUGGGACUUUACUCGGAAGAAUAAGGGGAACGCUGUCAUCAAGAUAUAAUGGAAUUUGAGAAACGUUCAAGGCCAGUUUACUGAAAACAUUAUGGGGGUUAGUAAGAGACAUAUAUUUACUGAAUAUGACAGGAGAAGUAAAACUGUUCAUUUGGGCUAUAUUAAAACUUCUAUUAUAAGAGUGUAUGUUUGUGUAUCUUUUAAUAAAUCAUCUCUGUGUCUAUUU